AUGGAAAACUAUGAUAUAUUGGAACAGAUUGGUAAAGGUUCUUUUGGUUCUGCGCUACUCGUAAGGCAUAAACAGGAAAAUAAGAAGUAUGUUUUGAAGAAAAUCCGCCUUGCUCGACAGACUGAUAGAACCCGCAGAUCUGCCCACCAGGAGAUGGAGCUUAUCUCUAAAGCAAGGAAUCCGUAUAUUGUGGAGUACAAAGAUUCCUGGGUGGAAAAGGGUUGUUAUGUAUGCAUUGUGAUUGGGUAUUGCGAAGGUGGAGAUAUGGCAGAAGCUAUUAAAAAGGCCAAUGGUGUUCACUUCUCAGAGGAGAAUCUUUGUAAGUGGUUAGUUCAACUACUGAUGGCACUUGAUUACUUGCAUAAAAACCAUAUACUUCACCGUGAUGUCAAGUGUUCAAACAUUUUUCUGACUAAAGAGCGAGACAUACGUUUAGGUGAUUUCGGUCUUGCUAAAGUACUGGCUUCUGAUGAUCUUGCUUCUUCUGUGGUGGGUACACCUAGUUACAUGUGCCCAGAACUUCUUGCUGAUAUACCUUAUGGUUCCAAGUCAGAUAUCUGGUCCUUGGGAUGCUGUCUAUAUGAAAUGGCUGCUCACAAACCAGCAUUUAAAGCCUUUGAUAUACAAGGUUUGAUCAACAAAAUAAAUAAAUCUAUAGUGUCUCCUCUUCCAACCCUGUAUUCUGGUGCAUUCCGGGGGCUCAUCAAGAGUAUGCUGCGAAAAAAUCCAGAACUUCGGCCAAGUGCUGCAAACUUGCUCAGGCAUCAACACCUUCAGCCUUACAUCCUGAAUAUCCAUCUGAAGUUGAACAACCCUCGGAGGCAUACUUUUCCAAUCCAAUUACGCAGUCCAACUGAUGUCAAGAGAACCAGAUUUCUUGAGCAUGCUGCUAUUUCUAACAAAAGAAAAACAGAGAAAAGACUGUCAUUUGGUAACAACAGGGCCUUAAAUCCUAGUAUAUCUGGAUGUGACCUGGAUUCUUUAUGUUCUUCUCGAAGAGAACAAAACAUUUUGAGCCAUUUGAGUGAACAGUUCUCAGAACUCUCUGUGGGUAGAGUUGGUGAAAUUACCGGUGCAAAAAAGUCAGUGACUACAAACUUAUCAAGUGCUUUGAAAACUCCACAAGUGAUGUCAACAAAGGGUUCUGCAAAUCUGAAGAGACAAACAACUCCUUCAAAGAUAUCCAACUCUGGAUCAACCCGUGAACUGCUUCCAAUCUCACAGAUUUCAGUCAGAAAACCUUCCCAAUCAACACGCAGAGCAUCUCUUCCACUGCCUACCAGAGCUGUUACAAGUGUUGGUCUCCUCCGUGGCAUGGAGUCACCCGAUGUAUCUGUCAAUGCUCCUCGAAUUGACAAAAUGAUCGAGUUUGCUCUAAUGUCUUCCGAGGAUCCAUUGUCUUCCGUCCGUGGAACGUCAUCAAUAUCUGCUCAGUGUUCUUCAACUUCACCUUAUAGUGUUGAUCGUUCAAUCACAAAAGACAAAUGUACAGUCACUGCUCGUAGAGUUCCACGUAAUGGAAGUGAGUCUUCAGAGAACAAUCUGAACAGUCGAGUAGGUUCUACCCGUUCAUCAGAUUCCCGGGAGCGUAGAUUUGACACCUCAUCUUACCAGCAGCGCGCAGAAGCCUUGGAAGGAUUGCUCGAGUUUAGUGCACAACUCUUGCAGCAAGAACGCUUUGAUGAGCUCACAGUGUUACUGAAACCAUUUGGACCUGAAAGGGUUUCUCCAAGAGAAACUGCAAUUUGGCUGACAAAGAGUUUCAAGGAGAAUAUUGUGUGA